AAGUGCAACUUCUCAUUGUACUUACUCCUUCAAUGGCCUCUUCUAGCAAGCAAAAAUGGCUAUUUGCGUGUGUAACAUUGCUCACAAUCUUUAUCACAGGCGCUCGUGGCAUCGACAUCUUUCUACAAUGGAAUGUAGCCAUUGACAGCACUAUCAAACCUGUGUCUGUAGAUCAACCUGUGAUAACCAUCAAUGGAAUGUUCCCUGGACCCCUUAUAAAUUCCACAACAAAUGAUUUCGUCCAUGUGAAUGUUUUUAACAAUUUGGAUGAGCCUCUACUCUUCACAUGGAAUGGCAUUCAACAAAGGCUAAACUCAUGGCAGGAUGGAGUUUCUGGCACUAACUGCCCAAUUUUACCUGGUACAAACUGGACUUAUGUAUUUCAAGUCAAGGAUCAGAUUGGCAGUUAUUCCUACUUCCCCUCCAUUAACUUCCAGAAAGCUGGUGGAGGAUUUGGGCCUAUUCGAGUCAAUAAUCGCAUUGUUAUCGCUGUGCCCUUCCCCAAACCAGAAGCUGAAUUUGAUCUUCUCAUAGGUGAUUGGUUUUCCAAUGACUACAAGGAAACCAGAAUAAUGAUGGACACUUCACUUACAGCCGAUAAUGCUGUCCCUGAUGUUAUGCUGAUGAAUGGAAAAGGCCCUUAUGGACACCAAAUGUCAAAAACCUAUGAGUCCUUCACAGUCACAAAAGGAAAGACUUACAGGUUCAGGAUAUCAAAUGUGGGGAGUGUGUUUAGUUUCAACUUUAGGAUUCAGAAUCACAAAAUGGUGUUGGUUGAAACAGAAGGGUCUUACACCAAUCAGAUCACAUUGGAUUCGCUUGAUGUGCACGUUGGCCAGUCGUAUUCAGUUCUUGUCACGGCCGAUCAGGAUGAUGCCGAUUAUUACAUGGUGGCAAGUCCUAAAUGGUUCAACACAUCUGAUUCUAGCAGUCUUGUAGGUGUAGGAGUUCUGCACUAUUCCAAUUCCAAUUCCAAUUCUCAAGUUAGUGGCCCUCUCCCGAGUGGUCCUGAUCCAUUCGAUGUCGAAUUUUCUAUGAAUCAAGCCAAAUCUGUAAGAUGGAACUUGACAACAGGAGCAGCUAGACCUAAUCCACAAGGAACCUUCAAUGUAACAAAUGUGACAUUGUCACAAAACUUCCUUCUACAAGGCUCAAAGGGAGAGAUAAAUGGCCAACGGCGCUAUGUUGUGAACAAUGUUUCAUAUUUAACCGUAGAUACCCCAUUGAAACUUGCAGAUCAAUUUGUCAACGGGUCAGGCGUUUACCAACUUGAUUGGUUUCCCACCAACUCUGUCAAUACUGAAGCUGAAUAUGGAGUUUCUGUUUCCACUGGUAUUCACAAAGGAUGGAUUGAACUUGUGUUCAUUAACAAAUUGGAUGUCAUUGACUGCUGGCAUUUGGAUGGCUUUGGGUUCCAUGUUGUUGGGUUUGGCAACGGAGAUUGGACGCCUGAAUCUCGAACAACUUACAAUCUGUUUGAUCCGGUAGUUCGUUCAACCGUGCAAGUGUACCCUGGAGGCUGGACAGCAGUUUAUGCAUUCCUGGACAACCCUGGAAUGUGGAAUUUAAGAUCACAAAGCCUGAAAAAUUGGUACUUGGGUCAAGAACUCUAUAUCAGAGUCCACAAUGAUGAUCCUAAUCCUGCCAAGGAACGCCCGCCUCCUGGAAACCUUUUACUAUGUGGAAUUUUUGGUGAUUCUGAUGCUCCAGGUAGUGAACCAGCACCUGCUCCCUGGACAGGAUUGUGAUUUGGAAGACUUGACUGAGAGAUAAUUCAUGUUAACACGUAUUCAUGAAUGAUCAUUGCCAUUUACAAGCAAUGUUUAAUUUAAUUUGUGUAAUCAAUUGCUUCAUACCAUAACAGGAGAGAUUAAUUUCCUCUCCCUUCAAAGUUUUUCGAUCACGAUGUAGAUGU